GACACUCACAUUGUUUUGAAUUUCAUAUCUUUAUUGACACUGUGUCCCUGUUGAUCCAGUCACUAUCUAUACAGAGGUCCGGAACAGGUUUGGAGCAGCAACUGCACCCUGUCCUGUAACCGUCACAGUCCACCCCAGCUUCAUCAGGAACACCUCCUCUAACUACAACCCUGAUAUGGAACUUUUUGAGUCAGGUUUGAGGAACCUGUCUGAUCUGGUCCAGUUGGGGAACAGUGUCGAGAUCCGUAACUACAUCAUCCUCCUGUCCAGCGUCCUCAACAGACUCAGCCAGGACCCCACAGCCAACACACACACUCAGUCACACACACGCACCGCACUCAUCAACGCUGUUUGUCAGCUCGACAUCAAUGACCAGCGGUCCAUGACAGACAACAUCUACAUGCUCAAAGACCUGAUGCACCUCACCCACCAGGUAUCGUUAGCCAGUGCCAGUGUGGUGGUGGGUCAAGUCCAGUCCAUCUCAGACCUGUUCCACCAGCCCAGUGUUCCUGUUCCCUACCUAUUGGACAGCUGGACCCUCAACACUCUGGUCACACUGCUGUCAUACAGCCUGCAGGCCACCCCCACUACUAAUGAUGUCAGGCAAGACCAGGCCACUGCUGAUGAUGUAAUACAGGCCAUGCCUACCCUCAAAGAACAGGCCAUACAACUCACGACUGACAGUCUGCAGACUACUGAUCAAUUACUACUGAAAUACAUCCUAUUCAAUAAGGUCGAGCAGCACAACGUGACCACCAGUGUCAUGGACCUACAGACCACUCACCACGACCGUGGUCUAACCACAGUCAUCAGCUCUGGCUCGGCCACCUUCUACCUGCCUGACUCCCUGGACCUGGUCCUGUACGGUCGUAGGAGGAGAGAAACCGAAGAUGGAACACAGAGUCUCUGUGUCCUCAGCCAGCUGACCACGUUCACGCACAACCUCUACUUCUGGACCAAGACACCUGUACUGCUGAGUGGGCCAGUGAUUGACCUGACUCUGUACAACUGCAGCACAAGGAGAGAGAUUCCAGUACGUUCGCUCUCCCAACCAAUCAACAUCGAGUUCCCCAAAACACCUAGAAAUGUAAGUUCUUUAUCGGAGUUCACUCUCCUGCGUAGCCAGGUGAACUACCACGGUUUGAACAUUACCCAGCAGGCCUUGCAGGAGGCCAUACUGGUCAGUGUGGAAUUCACGCGGCCCCCCAACAAGACCUUUCCCAUCAUGCUCCUCUUCAGGAUGUUUGAGAGGCCGACCCCCAGCUUGUAUCACAUCCACAGCAUCUAUCACUGGGACGGAAACACCACUUACAUCACCCUGCCUCCAUCAUACCUCACUGCUGCAGGGACAGGCUACCUGGCUCUACUCAAUGCUGACUACAAAAAGACCCCCAGACACAAGUACAUGAGCAGACAAGUGAACUACACAUUGAGACUGGAGACCAGCCAGUGUCUGUCCUGGGACCACCAGGAGGGCUGGACGCACACCAGCUGCACACCUCAACUAGGAUUGACCUCACACACCAGGGUCAACUGCAGCUGUAGCCACUUGAGCCCAUUGACCGUGGUCCAGCAGCAGAUCCAGAGCAGCCAUGAUGACUCAGCAGACCUGGCCCAGUUCAUCAGUCUCCCCAGUGAUUUGACGGUGGUGUGUGUGUGUGUGGUGUGUGUGUGUCUGUAUGCUCUGGGCAUGGUGGUGUGUAAGAGAGCUGACCUCAUCUCAGAGAGGAACCAGGGAGUCUACUACCUGUCUGAUAACGCUCCUUCAGACACACACCUCUACUCUGUUACUAUACACACCGGCCUCCGCUCCUCACCCAGUAUGACCGCCAAGGUCCAUAUUGUGCUGUAUGGAGAGGAUGGGGUGUCACAGACCAGACAACUACAUGACCCAGAAUGCCUUCUGUUCAGAAGGAACUCCAGGAACACCUUUAUACUGAGUACUGUAGACAGUCUAGGCCCUCUGUGGGGGCUGCACCUGUGGCAUGAUAACACUGGCCCCUCCCCCACCUGGUACCUCAGACAGGUGGAGGUGUGUGAGGUGAAGGGCAAGGGGCGGAGCUGGCUGUUCCUAGGCCAGUGCUGGUUGGCUGUUGAUGAGGGUGACAGACAGGUGGAGAGGAGACUCAGGGUCUGUGAUCAGGGGCCAGGAUUCACCAAGCUGCUGUAUCUGAAGCUGUCAGAGUACCUGUCAGACUUCCACCUGUGGUUGUCUGUGUACAGUGGUCCCUCUCCUAGCGUGUUCACUCACACACAGCGCCUCAGUGUGUGUCUGCUGCUGCUGCUGGGGUACAUGUGUGUCAACACGUUACUCAUAUCUGGCCUCGAUGACCAAUACACCUCAGAGCUGGGCAUCAUCGACGUGUCUACCGUUUCCCUAACGACGGGGUUGCUCAGUGCACUGGCUGUGUUGCCCGUAGCGUCCGCGCUGUCCUUCCUGUUCCGUCAGCGUGAGAUCAGAGUAAAGAGGUCAGAGGUCAAACAGGACAUGGUCAGACUGCCAGACAUCUACUCUAUAGAAGCUGAUGCGCUGAUUGUGAGUGACUGUGUGUUUGACUCUCUCUCCUGGAACAAUCUGCAGCAGUGUGCACAGGAGGCCUGGAGGAAGAAAUAUGAGGGCUCAGUGCCGAAUAGGGAUCUGGUAACUCAAAGAGGAGAUCUGGUAAUACGGGGCAGUCAGGAUCUGGUAAGGGAUCUGCUGACCCAGGAGAAAGUCUCCUCAGAUUGCAACUCCAGUGGUUUUGACAGCUUGCUUGGCAGGUUGCUAGGCAACAGUGUCCCAGACAACAACAGCAUUAGCAAGGAGAGGGAUCGUAACCUCAACGAUAGCUCCAAACUGCUAGGCAGCAACCAGGUGGGCAACAGUACCAGCAGAUGUUUAGGGGGCAGGCUCAGCCCUCUACCCCGCUGGAGUCACCUCCUAGCCUGGGUACUGUGUUUGGCCCUGGGCCUCUCCUCUCUAGUGGUCACUAUCGUCUUGGGGAUCAGGUUCAGCAGCAGUAAGACUUUACUGUGGAUCCAUUCUGUCUUCUUCUCCCUGCUCUCCUGUGUCUUCCUCAUCCAGCCAGCCGUGAUCCUUGCCGUGGCUGUGGUGGUCUCCUACUGGCGCAGGAAGCGUCCAGACUUCUCAAGUUUCUCAGGAGUUCCUGGGUUUCAGGCAGAAACUCUGAAACUGUGGACCCAAGAUGGCUCCUGUGUCCCAGAGCUCUUCCUGCUCAGCCCUCCUCAUCUGCCCCAGGAGAGAUGCUCUCACUUUGACAGGGUGCUGGCGGCCCGUCAGAGGGCUCGGUAUCUGCGUCUGGUACGCCCACCCACUUCUGGGGAGCUGAGGAGGACAGGGGGGAGGAAGAGGAGAGAAACACUCAUUCGCAAAACACUCAGGGAGAUGGCAGUGUGCGUCUCCAUGCUGUUCCUCCUACUGUGUGUAACCUAUGGCAGCUCCUUUAGAGACCAGUAUCACCUCAACCAUGCCGUCAGAACACAGUUCACCAGGAGCCCACAUAACCCCUUCCUGUCCAUCCAAACGCAUGAUGAGUGGUGGAACUGGACCUUAACCAGUGUACUGGAUGGUCUGGACUGGGACAACUGGUAUAACAACAUAUCAGCAACUGGGAAGGCAGGUGCUGUCCAGGGAACAUGUAUUCUGAUAGGAGAGCCCAUCUUGAGGAAGAUUGAUGUUUCCAACGCAUCCCAAUGCCAGGUGCCUCCUGUAAUGGCGACCUUGUUCCCAGAAUGCCUCACGGAAAGAGUCUCUGGGAUGGCGUUACCCAUGGAGGUCGGACUUUGUCUCUGCGGUCAACUCCAGUGUUACACAGGAACUGGGACCACAGUACGACUGGGUCUAACACGGUCAGAGUUUGUGUCCAGGCUAGAAUCCCUGAGGUCCGCUGGCUGGCUGGACAGACUAACAGUAGCCAUGGAAACCCAGUUCACCCUCUACAGCCCCCCCACCAACCUGUUCAACAGUGUGAACCUGAUGGCCGAGAGAUUACCUGGUGGAGCUUUGCACACCUCCGCCCGUGUCCAGUCAGCUAGGGUCUACCAUUCACCUACUGUAUGGGACUACUUCAGUAUGGCAUGUCAGCUCCUUUUCCUCCUCGUCUCUCUGGUCCAGCUCGUCCUCCAGAUCUGUUCUGCUGGAGAGAAAGGCAUGCUGGGAUACUUGAGAGACCCCCAGAGUUGGCUUCAGGCUAGUAUACUCCUGGUAACCCUGGUGUACUACAUCUACUACAUCUAUCAGUCCAUUCUGACUCUGGAGGUCGUUGACCUGCUGCAGCGACACGACUUCAGGAAGCAUGUGGAUGUCAGCUUAUUGUCUACCUGGGAACAGCACACCCAUACACUGCGUGGCAUACUGCUCUUCCUCCUGGUGGUGCGGUGUAUGUGUUUGUCGGGGGUUAACAGAACCAUGGCCUCCUCAGUGACUCUACUCAGACUCGCCUUCUCCAGACUUCUCUGGCCAAUGCUGUCAGGAGUUGUCCUGUUGGUGGCUCUGUCCUCUGUGGGAAACCUGCUGCUCCUGAGGAGGUCCUGGGGGUCCAGCUCCCUGCCCCACUCCGUCUUCACACUCCUGUCUCUCUCCAGGGGCCAACUGGGCUCCCGGGCCCCCUCCCUGCCCGUGGCCUCUCAGCCCCACCAGCUCCACAGCCCCAACAGCCUGUCUUUGUCUUUCUACCAUGGAGCUCUCUGUCUCACACUCACUGUGGCCUGGACAGCAGUGUUGACUGGAAUCGUCUCCUCGUUAGUGAGAGCUGCUAAACUAGCUGGUAGGAGGAGGUGCCUACUGACUCUCUGUGACGUGGUUGGCUACGUCAGGGGUCGGGCAGCUGUGCUCAUUGGCCAACGCAGACAGAGAUGGACAGAUAGCCAUGCCUACAGGAGAAGUUUUUACCUGGAGGAAUUUGAGAGCCUGGUGGAUGAGCUGCAGUUUAGACUAAAUGCCUUCUCUAACAGUCUGCACCACACCCUACAUCCUAAAGAUAUCUUCUCCCCCACCCAGAGCCCCUCCAGCCUGGCCUCACAGCGCUCUGCUGCCAGUGAAACAGCACACGUGACUGAAGAAACACUUCUCAAUGAUCCCCCUGACAUCACCAACCUCCCACUGACCUCCAGGGAACACUCACCUGACGCACACCACUACAGGUCUCAGCUCGAAUUGGAGACCCUCCACCAUCUGCAGCAGUCAGGCCAGAGGAGGCAGACCCCAGCCCCAGCUGGGGGACUCUCAAGUAGGAUUGGGCCAUCCGUCAGUCCCCUGCAUAGUGGAGCACCAGGGUGGAUCUCCCGAGAGCACCCAUCAGACAGAAACCUCCAGAUCUCCACCUCCAUAGGGGGGCCAAGCUACCUCUCCUCCCCAGAUUUGGUGCACCUAGCUGAGGCUCGGACAUGGGACAACAUGCCUCAGAUCCAUAGCCUAACAGGCUGGAUAGAUAAUCAGCUGGUUAAGACUGUGGUUCUGGAGAAUCAGAUCAGCCACUGGACCACGGUCGGUCGGUCUGGUAAGAAGAGCCACAGAAGUCCCAGAAACACCCAAUGGGCUACAGUAGAGGGGCCCAGCUCCACAUAUACCACUGCUUCUGGGGUGAUGGAGGGCCAUGGAGGGCCACACAUUGCUGUGGUGGAGGUUAUGGUCCAUGGGAGCCCGGAGACUGAGCCAGAAGAGGAGGGAUUCCUAGGGACAGUCAGACAGUGCUGGGGUUGACACUGUAUGUCGAGUCUAAUGAAUGAAUGAAUGAAAAAUGAAUUAUCUUCAUCAAUAUGCUAUUCAAGAGGGAUAUUGUGAAAAAAUAUGUUUAUAUACUCUGUGUGGAGGGAAUCAGGCUUAAUUACAAGUAUUCAGUAGGCCACUGCUUGUGUCACCAUGUCUAUUGUCAAAAACAUUAAAUAAACAAUCUGCCCUGGUUGUAAAACAAAUAAAUAAAUGGUGUGUAAAAUACAUUCUCAAAUAAAUGGUGUGCAGGAUAGGGUGAGGGGAGCGCACACUGUUUCAUGAAAGAAUGAACAUUACAACAUGGCUCACUGACUAACUAAUAUGUUUACAGGACAGUUGCAUUGUUGCAGCAAUCCAGAGACGUCCUUGCACAAUAAAUAAAUAAAACUCUUCAUG